AUGGAGGAAGCAAUCAAGGAGGAGAAGCCCAACGAGCAGGAGGGCCAGGCUAUGGGCAGAAAGAGGCAGCGACAGGACGAGAACGGCAUCGACAACUCGCCGUGUGGGAGCCCCUACGCGAGCAAGAAGAAGGCCAAGACUGACGAGACCCCAGCCACGGUCUCGUUCUACAUCGGGAACAUUCACUUGGAAACUGAUGAAGAGGAUCUGCAUGACUUCUUGGCAAGCAACGGCGUAAGCGGGCACUCUGUCCAUCUCGUCUACGACCUUCUCGGCCGCCACAGGAGCUACGGGUUCGUCGAGGUCUCGUCCGCCCGGGAUGUCAUCACCUUGCAGGCCCUCGACGCUGCCCGCUUCUGCGGCCGCCCGCUACGUGUCGAGCUGGCCCACAGCAGCUCGCAGACGGUCUGGCCUGACGACACUGGCCGCAGCGGCGAACAGUGGACCCGUCGAGUUUGGUUCGAAUGA